AUGAACAGACGCAGUAAUCCUAAAUUUGAUGUCUUCGUUAGCUAUCAUGGUGGUGAUACGGGCACAAAUUUUACCAACCAUCUCGCAGCCGCUGUAAAGCGUAGAGAGAUUGGCAUGUAUAAAGUUGACGUGGACAUCCCUAGAGGGACAGUGAUUUGGAAUGAGCUAAUGGAGGCAAUAGAGGCAUCUAGAGUUGCAGUAAUCGUAUUCUCAAAAAACUAUGCUUCUUCUACUUGGUGUCUGGACGAGGUUUGGAAGAUAAUGUCUUGCAAUAAAUAUUUUAAAAUGGUAGUGCUGCCUAUUUUCUACAAUGUGUCUCCUUCUGAUGUAAGACAACAAAAUGAGAAUUUUGCAAUUAAGGUUAAGGACGACAAUGAUAGCAGGUUGAAGAGAUGGAAGUCUGCUUUGACCCAGGCUGCAAACCUGGCGGGUUUGGACUUGAAACCAAAUCGCAGCUCGGGACGAACCCUCCUAGCUGAACAAAACGAAGCAGAAGAACCAAAGGAACACGUAGACCCAGGCUCAAAAGCACAAUAUCAUGGAUUUCGAAAACGUUACGCGAGGUCAUUGAGUGCCCCCCUGUAUUUUGACCAAGUUACAGCCCCAAAUAAGAGGAUGAAAAUAGAUCCUACUUUGACCUUGGAAUCUUUCGGUGCUUAUGUGGCUGAUCCUAAAUCCUCUGCUAAACUUCAAGCCAAACAAACGAAUUCCACAUCCUUGGAACAAAGGCUGGAGGAGCAACGUCGUGAAUUCGAGGCCAGGUUCAAAGCUCUGGAAGUUGAGUUAGUGAGGCUAAGAGAUGGCCGCACCACUGACAAGACAGAAGAAGUUUUCCAGGUGACAGAAAAUUCAUUGACAUACAAAUUCAUAUGCAAGGAAGAAUGA